GACUCUGAUGUUAUAUGAUAUGUUGAAAAUCGAAGAUUGAUACAACUGGUUAAGAACAAGAAUGGGUUCUGGUCAGAGUAAAAAUGAUUCGGGUCCAGUGAACAAAAACAAUAACGGACAGGGUUUGCCAGUGCAAAAUGAUCGUAACGAUGGACGCAAGAAGUCACCGGAAACAACAACAACACGAUCACCUCAGAGAAAUGUCAUUAAUGAUUCGAAUGAAGAAAGCCAAAAACAUCUGACGAAAGAUGUCAGAGGGGACAGUAAAACAGAUGAGAAAAGGGAGAAUGACAUGAAUGAAAAUGAGGGGCUAGUGGUGAGAAAUUCAUAUGAUGAAGUGUCAAACGACAAUGGAAACGGCCGGAAAAAUGACAGUCGUUGGGAAACAGAUAAUGUUCUAACAGUAAAAUCAAAGCAAACAUCUCCACAAAAGAUUAGGUCGGUGACGAAAGCGGAAUCGAAUAACCUGGUGGAGUUUGUGGAAUCUAGUGACGACGAAUCAGAUACAGACAGUUUGCUAGGGAUAGCCACAGGAAAAUUUGACAAGAAAAAAUGGGGGCAGUCAAAAUCUGAACAAAAAGCUAAAGCCAUUAAUCUUCCAUUGCCAGCCCCUUCAAAUCAACCAAAUCACAGCUUGGUCUUUGAGCAAGAAAGAGCGCUGAACGAGUAUAACAUUCUUCAGGGAUAUGCAAGAGAUUCGUCUCCAAGAAAGAAAGCUGCGAGCAGUGUUAGUCAUACUAACGCGGAGGAUAGUAUGGAUGCAUACCCAGAAUCCUAUGCACAAAAAUUGCAACGUGAUCAGCACAGACUAAAUCAAGCUUUGAUGAUACGUGAAAAAACAAUUCAUCGAAAUCCAGAUGAAUGGGCUUUAGAAGAGAGUAUUGUGCAAGGAUUUGAUGCUGAUAGAUUUAAGGCUGCCAACCAAAGACAGGUACAGCAGUCACAGGGAGUUCUUGAAAAGUCAUAUGUUGACAAUAGCCCAGCUGAGGGACCGUACAAUUCCAAGCGAAGCUAUGGACAUAGAGCCCAUGGAACGCCCAGCUACAAUUCGGAAGACGAAGACCUCAUGAAUGAGAUUGAGAGGGAGUUUGACUUUUAAAGAUCAUCUAUGUGGAACCAAUAUUACUAGCUUGCAAUUUGGCAAGUGAUGUGGUAUCACUGAGAACAGCAAGCCCAUUCUGUUGUUCUGCUAUUUUCAAAUCCAUCCAAACCUGCAAAUAGUCGUGGGUUUCCCCUGGGCUCUGCCCGGUUUACUCCCACCAUGAUGCUGGCCGCCGUUGAAUAAGUGAAAUAUUCUUGAGUACAGCGUAAAACACGAAUCAAAUAAAUCAAAUAAAUAAAUCUAAUCCAUCCAUAGUUAUAUGUACAUGUAAGACUGCUGAAGUUUAGAAUCUGUUGUAUUAUAGCUCUGUUUUACCAAAGGCUGAUUUAUCAUCAGUCAGAUUUAUAAUUGUUCCUUUAUUUUAGUUAAACGAUACUCUAGAAAUUCUUGAAUAUAACUUAGUAGCUCGUAGCAUUGUUUUAAUUUAAGUCAGUUAAUAAUGGGUAGAAGUGCCAAUGGUUUUUAUUUGAAAGUUUUAAAAUUAUAAAAUUGCAGAUUAGGAGCAGAUAGUCUGGAGGUCACAGCAAAUGAGUUGCCGUCAUUUCAAUGAAUUAUCUCCCCUGAACAGCAGAAUUUUCUGCUGUGUGAAAUGGGUACACAAUCGAUUCUGAUUCGCUGGUGUGUCCAGGCUUUGCCUUGCCUAAGCUGAAUUUUAGGUGUGGUACAUGUGUUCAAAUGUGACCAAGGCUGCAAGAUAUAACCCUGGAAACACUAUCUCUACUGUCGGCCAAUCGGCAUUGAUUCUGUAUCCUUUAAAGCACAUGCGCAGAGUAGUAUGGAUUUUAAUGAUCUGGCCAGUGAGCUCUUUGGCCCUUUUUGCAAAAGAUUUAUACCUCACAGUCUGUGUGACAGGGGAGAUAAACAAGUAUUAAGUUAAAUAAGUUUCAUUUUGCCAUCUUCAGCGUCCAAUAUCAAUAUAUUAUGCAGCAGUAGUACAGCAGACUUGUUCAACCUGUGACUAAGUUUUAUAGAUCGACUCUUAAUUAGUGUUGCUUUGUAUUUACUGAUAUAUUAAGUUAUUGUUAUUUUGACUAUAUUUUUCAGAGUUUUAUUCUGUCUUCAUUUUUAAUGUUCUGCUGGUGGAGCGUAUCAACCUUUACAGAUAUGAACCGGGUAGAGAAGACUUUAUAGGGUUAUUUUAAGGACAAAUUUGUUGACAGCGAGAUGUUCACAUGGUUUAUUUGUUUUAUUCUGAUUUAUCUAAAAAUGAACUUUGUUGUUCAGUUUUGCUUUUCAGAAUUGUUACUGCUGUACAGCGCUACCAUACUUCCUGAACCUUUUCGCAUAUGAGCGAGCAACGUGCAACGUCAAAAUGAAUGGAGCAGUUGCCUAAUAAAAUACAGGAAGGUCUGUCAGCAGCCUGCGGAUGGUCAUGGGUUACCCCCAGGCUCUGCCUGGUUUCCACCCACCAUAAUGCUGGCAGCCGUCAUAUAAGUGAAAUAGUUUUGAGUACAGCAUAAAACACCAACCAAAUAAAUUAAUAAAUAAAAAAGAAAAUACAGAGAUAUUUUAUAGGAAGUAAUGUGCGAGAUGUCUCUGCAUAGUAGAAUUUAUUUCGCUGUAUGUGAAAUCAAAAUGCAAUUUGUAUGAAUUGUAUGAAGAAAACCGAAUUUUCUUCUUGGAACACCCUAGCUGCAACAGUUUCAGUACUGAACUGUCACCUCUAUAAAUCAGCUUCCAGUCAUGGCACACUAUCACAUGGGACCAUGGUAAAGAAGACAAAUAUUAUGUAUCUGCUACAUGUAUUAUAGGGAAGGGGACAGGAUGAUGGCUAGUUGUCGGUUCAGACAAUAGAGUGUGAGAUACAUUUCAUUCCUGGACACGGUGGCAGUAUGGAAACAAAUAUUUGUUUUAAUGGGAGCAGGCUUCCCUAGUGUUUCUUCUUGAGGUUGAAAGCAGAUGUGAUGCUGGGCUAAGUUAAACUAGUUGCAGGUGAACUUUGACCCUGGUGACAUUUCCAGUUAUGGUACGCAUACACCAACCUUUGCAGUAGUUACAGCUAGGCCUAGAACCACCGGGAACAAUGUCCACAGUCAGCCAUUCAGUGUGUUUGGGUUGUUUGAUUUUAUGAGUGAACAAUAUGCAAAUUAAAUGUACGUGUAUAUUAAACUUUUACCAGUAUGUGAAAUUUGCUGAUCAGAAUAUUUACAUUUUCAAUCCGUCCAAGAUAUUUAGUGCUCAUCUGUGAUUCCAGAAUUGAGUUUUUUCUUCUCAAUUUUUGCACAAUUUUGAAACUUGAAGAUCUUAAAAGUUACUAUGUGUAUAUAUCAAUGGGAUUGUAUAUUGAUUAAAACAGUGCUAAGGAGCAGUGUUGUUUUCUUAAAGUAAAAGAAAGCUAAAAUGUGGAGUAAGGUUCAACAUACAGGUAACUGAAAACUAUACGUAAAAAUACUUUUAGAUUUUUUUAAAAAGUGUUGAAAGGCAUUCAGAUAUUUAAAACUAUGGUGGGCUUUGAGCCAUACUGACAGUAUCUAGGAAAUCUGACGUCACAUCACCUUUUUUUUUUUCCAGAUGUUCACCAGAAGGAAGGAAAUUUUCAUUAUUUCAUGCAUCUUUCACUCCUGGGUAAAAAGAGUUAAUCAACAUUCUGUGUUGUGAUAGAGUUGAAAAAACUUCCUGUGACGUCAGAGUUCCCAAACUCUAACAGUAUGGUCCACAAAGCUCACUGUAGAAUUCAUAUGUUUGAGGCCAUUUAGCUUUUCUCACAAAAUUGUAAAAAAAAAAAAAUAAAUGAAAGUAUAUUUAUAUAUAGGUUAAAGUGGUCUAUUUAGUGAUGCCUACUUUGAUUUUUGGAGGUCUUUUCCUUUAAGGUUGUUAGGGAAUGUCUCUUAAAAAUGAAAUGAAAAUGUCAAUUUUUUUUAAAUUAAAGAACAUGUUUUCAUGUUUACAUCUGUGAUAGUGAAUUGAAUAAGUUAGUAUGAAACAUUCCAUGGAGCUCUUAGUUUUUACAAAUGUUACUCCAGUAAGGAGUGUGAAGUGCAUAUUUAACAUGCAUAAUGUAUGUAGUGUAUACAUUUUCUUCAUCUAUUAUCUCAUUUGUCAGGAAGAGAUUAAAGCAUUCCCUAACUCCAUAUUUUAAUAUGCAGUUUUUUGUUUUGUUCGAUGUUGUUUUUUCAGUUGCCUGGUGUUUGGUAGUUGCACAGUUAUAUACACAGUAUUAACUUCAAGCUGAACUAAAGUUCCGUUUGUUCCAAAGUGAGAACGGUUUAACAAGAUUUAACUUUUAUACGUCUGUGAUACAGUUUUUAAACAACAGUUUAAAGAGCUGGCUGUUGGGAAUAGACAUUUAUGUUAGUUGUGAUAGCUAUUGGUGAAGUAUAUUUAUCUGUAAUUAGAGUCUGUCAGUCGGUAAUUUUUAAGUUGGGUGUGACAUACUUUACGACUAUUCCACCAUCCAUGUUGGAUGGGGGAAGGUUAAGAAUAGAAAUAAGACAUAGGUGGAUAACUGUUUCCUUGUCCAUUGGGACUCGACAUUUCCUGCCUUUGAUGAAAAGUCUGUUCCUAGCUUUGCAAAACACACCAUUCUCUGCCGUUACUCUUCAGUGCUUGUGAACUACCCUUUUGCUUUACAAACACAAUAGCAGAGUUUUGAGUUCGAAAUCUUUUUUUCAUCAUAGGUAAAAACAGUCCACCUGUAUCAUGUGACUUUUGAAAAAUUGUUAGGCAACUUUUGUUGACAUUAAUUUACCUAUCACUUGUCUCACCGUGUUUAAGAGGCAAAAAUAAAAUCCUGCAAUUGUUGCCUAACAUUUUUGACAGGUCACACGAAGCAGUAGGACUUUUUCAGCAAUAAAAGAGUUUGAACACAAAAUUCCCCUGUUGUACAGAAACAGAGCCGUAAUAGAGAAAAAAAGAGUACACCAACCUAUUUUAGGCCGACAAUGCUCCCAAAAGACCUUUCCAAACUGCUAAUCAAGAACACGCAGUUGACCAAUCAUAAGUAGUCAUAAGUUAAAAAUAGGUCAACCGGAUGUCCUAACACAAUGAUUACAAAUGUUCAAUCUUUCUGUGACAUCAGUGUCUCGUGCCGUGACAUUUGAUGGAUUUUUUGUCUAUUCAAUAUUGUACAAGAGUACUAAAGUGCAAGCUUUUAGAUUUGUUGCCAAUUUUGCUGUGAAAUGUACAUUAGAUCAUGUUGGUCUAAACAUGUUCAGGUGAAAUAUAUCUAUUGUACUCCAUAAUGCAAUGUGUUGUUGGUUAAAGUGUUAUUAUUGUAAUAGGAGAUAAAAAUGAUAAUGCUAACUGUAUCUAAUUUGGUGAAUUAAGAGUGAGAGUGUUGGAGUAAGUGGUUAAGAUGUGCCAGUUUUU